AUGGAGAGCAUUACUAAUACUUCGAUAUCAGUGCUUGGGCUCGCAGGGACUAAGCGUGCCGCGUCACCUACUCCAUUCGUGAGCCACCUACCCCCCCAACGUACCAAACACCAGCGAAAUUCUCAUGAGACCCAGAGAACUCGUUCCGCACCUGCAAGAAGCCCUCGUUCUGUCAUUUGGCAUGAUUUCCGAGAUCAAAUAUCCGAGAGUACCGAAGAUGCACGAGAACCAGAUCAUUAUCGGGGGGAGCUCACUGCGGAUCAUGAAGCUCGUCAAGAACAACCGUUAGCCUGUGCACCACCACAAAAUAACGAUGAGAACAGCAAGAUCCACAACUUCUUUACCAAAGGCUCGAUAUUUACACCGAGGGGGAUAGCGAACUUUCAGCGAGUCCAGGUUGAUGAGAGAAGUUCAUGCAAUCUGCUCCCUUGGUCGAUCGCGAUUACACUCGGGCUCAUUCUGUAUCCCAACAGCCUAGGAACAACAGCUACCUACUGCCGUCUCACUAUUCGCGUAGCAGGUGUUGAAACGGCAAUCAAUGCGAGAGUGCUUCACGGAUUGCACACCAUCCUGCUCGGCCGAGAAUGGAUCGAAAGCGUAAAUUUAUUGAGCGAUUUUGGCAAUAGGGGUUAUUAUAUCCCAAUCCCUCUUGCUAUCGAAGCUGAGGAGCCACUCAAUAGUGAUCGUUUAAUAGAUGGCCGUCCGUCUGGUGAUGAGCUCUCAUUGGACGAUGAGCCUCCAUCUGGUGACGAUCUCUCAUUGGAAUCUUCAUCUGGUGAUGAGAUCUUAUUGGGCGAUGGGCCUUCAUCUGAUGAGACAAUCCUUGAUGAAAAUCAACUCGCAACGACCAAUCAGGCUGAAGAUGAGCAUGAGAUCGAGGAUGAUGAGAAAGGUGAAGAGGACUCUGAUGCUGAUUCUCAGGAAACCAUAGAAUAUCAUCUUCUCGAAGCAUUCACCAGAGAUGCAAAAGCUGCAGACACAAAGGAAGUAGAAGACGAACUUCAACUUAUCAGUUCUCCCGGUAAUCAGUCAGAUUGCGUUGAAGCUAAAUCUGAGCGAGCAAUCUUCAGUCCACACUCGAUGGCAGCGACCCUCACAAAAUCCCAAGCGAAAGGAGUUCAGACUCCAGUUAUAAAACGUCAAUCCAAAGGGAUCACCAAAAUCUUAAAUCAUGUUAGCCGAACUCUAGCAGGCCAGAGCUUCAAGGCACCGGUGAAGCAGCUGUGGCCAGAGUAUGCGAACACUUAUGCUGCAAGGGUUCUUAAUCCAAUCGAUCUUGGCACUAUCGAGAUGAAGGUGAAGAAUGAUACGUAUCUUUCUAUAGAUGCAUUUAGAGCGGACAUUGCCCUUCUUUACCAAAACAGUGUCGACUUUAACGGUAUCGAGCACAUAAUCACCAGCGCGGCUCUUGAGGUCCGAGACACGAUACUCAAAGCAAUCAGUGACGUGGAGGAAGGCAAAGGGACGACGAGGGCAUCGAUUAGAGGGCUACAGGGUUCGAGAGGUGACAUGUAA